AUGGUGACGUCAAACUCUUUCGGGGGACUCACCCACUCAGGCCUUGAUCCUUGACCAAGAUUAAGAAGAAAAAUUGUUAUAUUACCCUACACUAAAGCAGCACCAAAAAGCAGCACCAAAAGCAGCACAGCACAAAAGCAGCACCAAAAGCAGCACCAAAAGCAGCACCAAAAGCAGCACCAAAAGCAGCACCAAAAGCAGCACCAAAAGCAGCACCAAAAGCAGCACCAAAAGCAGCACCAAAAGCAGCACCAAAAGCAGCACCAAAAGCAGCACCAAAAGCAGCACCAAAAGCAGCACCAAAAGCAGCACCAAAAGCAGCACCAAAAGCAGCACCAAAAGCUGCACCAAAGCAGCACCAAAAAAGCAGCACCAAAAGCUGCACCAACACCAACAACACCCAAAAAAAAUCGCAAAAUCGCCUUUGUCGAAGCGAUUCAAAAUUAA